AACGGUGUUCUCGCGAGACUUCGCGCGGGGACACUUGUCGGUUGGUGCUGUGUGAGUGAGAAAGACCAGCCUGCUACCAUGGGGAACAUAUUUGGCAACCUCCUAAAGAGUCUUAUAGGAAAAAAGGAAAUGCGGAUUUUGAUGGUCGGCCUGGACGCAGCUGGGAAGACCACAAUCCUGUAUAAACUGAAGCUGGGAGAGAUAGUAACAACGAUUCCCACCAUCGGGUUUAACGUGGAGACCGUGGAGUACAAGAACAUCAGUUUCACAGUGUGGGACGUGGGUGGUCAGGACAAGAUCAGGCCUUUAUGGCGACACUACUUCCAGAACACACAGGGUCUUAUAUUUGUAGUGGACAGUAACGACCGAGAGAGAGUGAAUGAGGCCAGAGAAGAGCUGAUGAGGAUGCUAGCAGAAGAUGAGCUGAGAGACGCCGUGCUGCUGGUCUUCGCCAACAAACAGGACCUUCCGAACGCAAUGAACGCAGCAGAGAUCACGGACAAGCUGGGCCUUCACUCGCUCCGCCAUCGUAACUGGUACAUCCAGGCCACCUGCGCCACCAGUGGCGACGGGCUGUACGAGGGUCUGGACUGGCUGGCCAACCAGCUCAAGAACAAGAAGUGAGGCAGACUGGAGGAAAAAUGCAUCUGAGCUGCAGCUCAUCAGGGAGCGCCAGAGGGUUGGAGUUUCUUUUAUUCUGUUUACAAGACGAGAGUGGAGACACCAGGCCAGCUCAGAGUUUUACUGUGCAGCCGGUACUCCUCUUCUCAGUGCUUUCUCACUUUGUAAAAAUGUCACUUUAAUUCACUCUCCGGUUUUAGUACAUAUACUUCGACAGUUAUGACAGAAGAUAGGUAGCACAUCACCAUGACUUAGUUUUACGUUCUGUUAGUAAAGAAAGGUGCUUGGCUCUCGUGUGAGUUGACGUGAUUCAGUCAGCAAAAUCUGAACGUCUCAUAUGAACUUCGUAUACUCACCCUGUAAAUGUUUAAAACACUGAUAGUGGGUGAACUAAAUGCCCUAACUUUUAUUAUUACUGUGGCAUAUAGUCAUUAGUGUUAAAUGCAGGUCAUUUAAACAGUCUUAACACACUGCCCCAGUGGCUCAAAACGUGGUUCUUAGUGACUUGGACCUCGGAAAGGUUUUAAGUGUGGGAAAUUAACAGAGCGAAAUGUUCUUAAUCGAUUCUUGAGAUUUGGUUCUGAUUAUUGGGGAAUUUAGGAGGCGUUCUCUGACUCGAGGAGGAAUGCUAGACUCUAGUGUGUUCCAAUUUGUGUGUUUGGAUUUUAUAUGUUUUUGCUAGAGUAAUGCUGUGGAGAUUUUACAGUAACACACUGUGUUUUAUUAGCAUUUAAGUCAGUGGUGAAACUUGUAGAGAGUGGUAGUAGUACUCUAUGCUGCUUGUAUAUAUAGCCCAGGUCUUUGAGCAGGCCUCAGUAAGUCCUCCGUUUGUGAACAGACAGAUGACGUGAUCGCUGCUCUCUCGUUUUUGCACGUGCACAUUGCCUUGACAGAAUACGUCAUGCACUGUUUAUGGUGGUUGCAUAGUCAUAGGUGUUGUGGUGCACUACCUGAAGAACAUGCCUGGUGUGGUCCUGCCGAUUCUAUGACUAGACAGCUGCAUUAUUACACCUCAGUGAAACUAAUUUGCUGCUCUUGCAUGAUGCCUGUCUGUAGUGGCUCGUCGUGUGCGCUGCGAUCUCCCUGUAUUUGUCGCAUGUUGUGUUAGAUGCUGUAUGUAGGCCUUAAUAGUGGGGUAGGAGUAGCUCUCUGUAGCUGUGUGACUGAUUGAUAUGUAGGUGUUUCACACAUUUGUGGUUCUUAGGGUUAACAUCCUUAUAGUGUCUCAGAGAUGAAUUCUUAAGCCCGUUUCAGACAGGAUAAGUGUUACAUGGGGAGAUUUCUUCAGAAAAUCUAAAAGAAAAAUACAAUUAUCUAAUUUAUGACAGGAAAUCUUGGAAGAAAUGACGGUGAGAUGGAAGAUAUCACUUAAAUUAACUCACUGCCAUCAACCCUAAAAACAUGUGAUGAAAACCAAAUAAUCUUAUAACGCACUUAUAAUUAGUAAAAAUGACAUUUGUUGGAAAAAUAGCAUCUACAUGAGCAAAACAGGAGGAGAGACAAAUAGACUUUGGGCAAUACACUACAAAAUGAUUUGCCAAAGGUACUGAAGCCAUUAUUAAUAGAUAGUAUUAAAAGUAGUAGUUGAAUUAAAGUAAAAAGUCAAGCAAAAUGGAAAUCCUAGGAAAUACUGUAGAUAAUAGGAAAAUAGUUAAGUACAAUAACAAAAAAAGGUUUCAGAAGCAUUGCGCCUCUAAAAAGUCAUUUGGCUUGUCUUCGGAAAUUUGACUGAGGUUUACCACAGACUUGCAUGAUCUAAGUCUCCAUACUUUUAGUUAAUAUAACUUGAGGUUAAUUUGGGCAUCUGGUUAUGGUAGAAAAAUCACUGAUCAACUGUGGUGGUAAUAAUUACUUUAUCCCCUUGUGGAACUAAUCCCAGGCUUAAGACACUUUAUUCAUUAUGGCUGCACGAUAUGGACAAUAAGAGAUAAUAUGCUUUGCAGUAUAUUACGAAAAAUACACUAGUAAAUUGAAUGAACAAUCUCACAUGCUUAAAUUGAAUUGAAUUAUUAUUAUUUAGCUAACAGUCAUAUAAGCACUGAUCUGGAAUUGUGAUUGGAAAAGCUGAUCACAACCUAUAGUAAACAUAUUUGUGAUUGAUGAAUUAAUAUGAUUUUUACUAGGCAUAUCAGUAUCAGUACUGAACAAACGGUAUAUUUUGCAGACUUACAAUUCACAUUUCAAACUAUAUUCAAAUGAGAAUUGCAUCUAUGUGAGUGUGUAUUGGUGCCUGUGAAUAUGAGUUUUUACUAUUUUAACAUUUAAAAUGAAAAGUGUAUUAAUUGUUGUAUGUCAGUUACAAUAUUUUCCUUCUUUAAAAGCAUAUAUUUUGUAUUUAUUGUUAUUUUUGUAGAAGCUUUGCCCAUAUUAUUUAUGCUAUGUGCUAGAGGUGGGUGAUAUGGCAACAUUAUUAUUAUUAUUAUUAUACCACACCGGUUGUAUGUCAUGAUAUUUUGGCCCACAGAUGAAAUGCACUGUUAAUGCCAGACUAAUAAAAAAUCAGUUGCUCUACAUCAAAUUAAACACAGCUGAUUAUCACUGUUGAUCAGUGUUCUUUAAGUACUGGCAAUCUAAUCUAUGAUAUGCUUAAAAAAAUGAUAAAAUGAUAACAUUUAUCAUGAUAAUGAUUACAUACUCUCAGAUUUACCUGCCUCUAGUUUGUGCUGAUGCUUCCUGUGCUAAGGAUCUGUUGGUUCAAGCAGUAACAUGAUUUGUAAAGAUCUCAAUGGGAAUGCAUCACAUGUUGUUUUCUCUUUUUGGCCGCACUCAGCCUGCCAACCCACAUCUAGAUUGUGUCCAGAUAGAUAGAUUUUUGAUGUGAAUCCACAUUUCUAAGUGGUUUGAAAUGUGUGUAUUGCAUCACUCGCAAUGUGACAAAAAAUGACCAUAUAAAAUAUUGAGUAACAGAAGUGUAGGCAUCAAAUAAAAGCUCCAAAGUUGACAGACACCUACAUUGUUAUCACAGCAACCUUUCAGAUGGGUUAAAAAUUACAGUGCGGAGAUCUGAUUUGAUAAGCAAAUCUGAUUUGCCUUCAAUCAGAUAUAUAGCCUUGUUACCAUUACCUUAGCUGAUACAGUCUGCUGUUAUAUAUAUAUAUAUAUAUAUAUAUAUAUAUAUAUAUAUAUAUAUAUAUAUAUAUAUAUACAUAACUGCCACAAUAAAACAUCCAUUUCACAAACCCUAAUACAGAAAAAAAAUGUGACCUAAAACGUAAAAGCAAAUAAUUUAUUCUGGUGUGUUUUUGUGCAUUAGUAAUAAACCUAGGGUUCAGUGUGUUCAAGCAGCAGUUCAUUUUUAUGUAAAGUAGGUUAAAGUACAAAAACGAUCAAUAACUAAGCCGACAGUCUAACUCUCACAACUCUUUAUGUUCUGUUUUCAAUUUUUGAGUUUAGAAUGAAAAAAAUGACAAAAGUGAAAAAAGAAUGAAAAAAGUGUUUAGAAUGAAAAGUGAAGUGAAUUUAUUGAAUCAUUGCUGAUUUGUGAUCAGCAAACAAACCACUUGUCCAAACUAACUUCUAUCAAUCUACUACCAUGUUGAUGCUUGACUUCCAUUACUACAAUGUAUCUGCCUGUAUGAGUAUACACAGUCCUUUAUUGAUCAAAACUGCCCAAAUAAACUCUGUACGACCAAGAUGAAA